AUGCGCCCAGGCGCAUUUAAAGAGCCCACCGCGGGUCCCAGCUCCAGCGAUACAGAAGCCAGGUUCCCACCUCCUGGCUUGGGCCUUUCUCCUGGCCCUGACCCCACCCCCUCUCCCUUGCAGAGUCCAACUGCCCCCCUCGAUCCAGAGCCCCGGAGCUCCCCAGUCCCCGACGGCGUCCCCGCGGGCAGGAGGGUCUCCCCAGGAUGCCCGGAGAGGCCUCCCGGGCCGUGCGCGCCGCCGGGGCUGGAGGAGGCUCUGAGCGCGCUGGGGCUAGAGGGAGAACGUGAGUACGCCGGGGAUAUCUUCGCCGAAGUCAUGGUGUGCCGCGCGCUGCCCCGGAGGGCCCUGCCCCGCACCGUGACCCCGGAGAUGCGCGCGCUAGUGGUGGACUGGCUAGUGCAGGUUCACGAGUACCUGGGCCUGGCGGGGGACACGCUCUACCUGGCCGUGCACCUGCUCGAUUCCUACCUAGGCGCCGGCCGAGUGCGCCUACACCGCCUGCAGCUGCUGGGCGUGGCCUGCCUGUUCGUGGCGUGCAAAAUGGAAGAGUGCGUGCUUCCAGAGCCCGCCUCCCUCUGCCUCCUGGGCGAUGGCUCCUUCUCGCAGGCCGAGCUUCUGUGCGCGGAGCGCCGCAUCCUGAGCCGCUUGGAUUUCCGGCUGCACCACCCGGGCCCGCUACUUUGCCUCGGGCUGCUUGCUGCGCUGGCCCGGAGCGGCCCACAGGUGUUGCUACUUGCCACUUACUUCCUGGAAUUGUCUCUGCUGGAGGCCGAGGCAGCAGGUUGGGAGCCGGGUCGCCGUGCCGCUGCAGCGCUGAGCCUGGCACACCGGGUGCUCCACGGGGCGGGUUCCGGGCCCGAGCCGGCGCUUUACAGCCGGGCGGAGCUGGUUCCGGUCGAGCCGUGUAUGGUCCGCGCCGCGCUCCGAGGCCCUGCGCCCGGCCUCGCCGCCAUCUUCCUCAAGUACGCGCGGCCCCAACGCCAGGGAACCAGCCUCGCCGCCGCCCGCUUGCUCCGCCACCCCCCGGCCGGGCCUCCCUGAGCCCCGAGACCCCAGCAAAAAAAAAGACUCUCUUUGUGCGUCUGUCUCCCACUUCAAUAAAAGAG